CAUUCGUCGCUUGCGAACUCAGUGAGUAAACAUCAUGAGCAACGUCCAAAAACAAAAAUGUGUCCGGAUGACACAUUUUGUGAAAUUACUUACUGCUACAUAACUGAACGAAGAAGAAAAAAAAUCAUCAUUUUAGUAAAUACAACAGACAGUGAAUUUCACCUGUGGAUCCCUUUUUAAUACUUUUGAUUUGUGAAUGUAACAGUUUACCGUGCAUGUCUCAGCAGGCGAUGUCUUGACAAACCUAGAUAGUGUGUAAGUGUGCACGAAUGGCCCUUGAGCUGAGAGCAGUUACUGUGGUAAUAAUAUUAGUUACUUAAUUCAGUUUUUGCAUUUUCUUCCUUAUGUUGGUUCAUGUGGCUGUAUUUGCUAGCAGUGAGAUUAUUGUUCUAAUGUUUGUGCAUGACAUGGAAAAAUCAGACAGGUUAUUAAUUAUCAAACAGAAUGAUACAUUUUUGUGUCAUGAUUUGUGCAGGUACUGUCUACAGUUUUCAUAUAUGGGCAAUACUCAUUUUAAUGGUUUGAGACAUGAAUUGCCAGGACCUGAGCAAUUUGUAUAGUUGCAGCAGAAACCCUCUGUUUAAACAGUUAAUGUAGUUCACACUUAAAAAAAAAAAAAAAGAAAAUAAAAGAAACUCUUAGCAUUACCAACCAUGUCAACAAAUUAAAGCUUCCUAAAAUUGUGUAGAAUUUUCUUUUAAACCCUUUAAAUCAGGUCAGGGUUUUCCAAAUUAAUCUUUUACUGCCAUAUUUUCUUGUAUUCAUGUAUGUGAGCUUGUAUUUUUUUGUUUUUAACUUUUUAUGGCUUAAAUGACAACCUGGCACUUGUGAAACAUUGUGUAUUGAUUGUCUAAAGUCUGAUGGUGAGCAGUUUUCUACCUAGUACCGGUUUAGUCUUAGAAUGUCUGCCACUGUUACACAAAUAAAAUUAGAGUAAACGGUAGAUGAUUUCUCACUUGGGGUCUGUUUACUGCCAUUUAUUUAUUUAAUUGAUGAGCAUUGAUUUUUCCUUUAAAAAACAUAGCAUGAUCAUCAUUAUUUGUCCUAAAUAAGUUUCUUGAUUGUAGUUACCCACUAGCUUGAAUCACCAGCUUGGUGCUGCGAAUGGGUUGCACUCACAACUUGAUUAGUCUUGCCUGCACCCCUUUCUCAGGCAGCCUCUCAGAACUAAGAGAAAUAGAUCACAGAUGAGCACACUCCUGCAUCAGCCUGCCCCUGGAGAAUUCAUCUCUCUACGCUUGCACCAUCUGCUCACGUGAUUCCCACAAUUCCUGCUUAACAUCACGGCAGCCAUCUUGGUCGACACCCACUUGGUUGCAAGAGCACAGCCAAUUAGCCUGAGCAGGGGGCUGUGCAGGGAGAGAGAGAGAGAGAGAGAGAGAGAAAGAAAGAGAAAGAGGUCCAUCGGGAUUGUUUCUCUGCCGCUGAGCCUCUUGUAGCAUCUCAGUCCUCUGGCUGUGCUGAGUCGGACCAAAGGGCAGGGCAGCCUUUAUCCGGAUUUUCUCGACUCGCUUGGGGGGGGGGUGGGAAACGAGGGGGCAAUCCCGCCCGCUCGCGCUGGAGAAGAAAAGCCUUGCAGGCUGCAGCAAUCCCUGCCUCCAUUCCUGCUCGGGCCCAUUGUUUUGCUUGCCUUUCUCUUCUCUCGUUCUUUCCGCCAUUCUCGUGAGGACUAAAACCAGGAGCCAGAGUGGUGCGCUUACACACCCCUACCCCUGCGUCCACUUAAUUGCCGAUCCACCCCACGUUCGGGUUGUUGGUGAGGACUACCAUCACGGGCGGUGUUGUCAUUGUUGCCGUCGUCGUCAUUGUCGUUCCCUCCGCUAUCAGCUGAGUCACCAUGGCCGAUCUGACGCCCCAGAGUGAGGCCCCCACCCCCACCACCGACAAGAUCACGCAGGCCGCGCGGGAGACCAUCUACCUGUGCAACUUCCGCGUGUCAGUGGACGGCGAGUGGCUAUGCCUGCGUGAGCUCAACGACAUCUCGCUCACGCCCGACCCCGAGCCGGCGCACGAAGACUCAUGGGAGGAUUUGACUGAAUUGGUGGAGCAUAUGCAAAUGCUUGAUGAGUUCAAAGAUCCCAAGGACCCUAUCGCCAUCGAGAGGCUUAACCUCAUGAACAUGGCCAAGCUGAGCAUCAAGGGCCUUAUUGAGUCUGCCCUCAACCUGGGUCGCACACUGGAUUCGGAUUACGCCCCCCUGCAGCAGUUUUUUGUGGUGAUGGAACAUUGCCUGAAGCACGGACUCAAAAGUAAGAAGACGUUCCUAGGUCAGAACAAAUCCUUCUGGGGCCCUCUGGAACUGGUGGAGAAGCUGACUCCAGAAGCUGGUGAGAUCACAGCCAGCGUCAAAGACCUUCCAGGGCUCAAAACUCCUUUAGGAAGAGGCCGAGCAUGGCUGCGGCUGGCCCUGAUGCAGAAGAAGCUCUCAGACUACAUGAAGACCAUUAUCAACAGAAAGGACCUUUUAAGUGAGUUCUAUGAGCCCAAUGCUCUGAUGAUGGAGGAAGAAGGAGCUGUAAUCGCUGGAUUGUUGGUGGGACUCAAUGUCAUUGAUGCCAAUUUGUGCAUGAAGGGAGAAGACCUUGAUUCCCAGGUUGGGGUGAUAGACUUUUCCAUGUAUCUAAAAGAUGGAGGCCACAGUAGCAAGAGCACAGAGGGUGAUGGCCAGAUCACUGCUAUCCUUGACCAGAAGAAUUAUGUUGAGGAACUCAACAGACAUUUAAGUGCUUCUGUGAAUAACCUACAAGCCAAAGUGGAUGCACUAGAAAAGUCUAACACAAAACUAACAGAGGAGCUUGCAGUUGCAAACAACAGAAUCAUCACUUUGCAAGAGGAUGUGGAGAGGGUGAAGGAAGAAAGCUCUUACCUUGUGGAGUCCAGUCGCAAGGCGUCAAGGCCAGACGGAACUGCGGAUGGCCAAGUACUUGGAGAGACCCGAAAGCAGCUCAAAGAGGAGACUCAGCUCCGGCUGGAUGUUGAGAAGGAGCUGGAGGUGCAGAUAGGCAUGAGGCAGGAGAUGGAGCUGUCUAUGAAGAUGUUGGAGAAGGACAUCUGUGAGAAGCAUGACGCACUGGUGGAACUUCGACAGCAGCUAGACGACCUGCGCAGACUCAACCAUGAGCUCUCCCACAAGUCGCAGAGCUCAGAGAUCAGUGUGAAACAGAAGAAUGAGAUUGUCAGUCGCUUGGAAGAGAAAACAAACCAGAUGGCAGCCACUAUCAAACAGCUGGAGAGCAGAUGUAAGCAGGUGGAGCGGCAGAGGGACCUGGCCGAGGAGGCCACCAGGCUGUUCAAGCAGGAGUUUGGGGACAAGAUCGAGAGUCUGCAGCAAGAGGUGGAGCAGUUACUGAAGCAGAGGAAUGGCUUGGAACAGGAGCUGAAAAAGGAGCGCGAGAGACGGGGAGGCCAGUGUUCUCAUGCUCCUACGGGGAAAACCCCAUCGCCGCGGCCAAGAGACGCGAGACAGCAUGCUGAGAACAUCCGAAAGGAACUGGAAGCAGUGAUGCAAGAGAGAGACGCACUCCAAAAUGCACUGGAUGAGAAAAGUCUCACCUCAAGUUUGUCACUUUCACAUGAAGAUGAACAGGGUCAGUCUUUUCAUGAAGAUCCAGAGCCUUCCAUCUGCCCAAUGUGCCAAUGUGCAGAAUCCCUAACCAGGCCUAAGCGCGAGUGCAAAAACUGCAAGGGUGUGUUCUGCGAAAUCUGCGUGACCAAUGAACUGCCGCUUCCGUCUUCCAUCGACCUGCAGCAGGUGUGCGACACUUGCCACUCCCGUCUGCUGCAGCAGUAUGCCUCAAGCCCUUCCUGAGCACACAGACGACAUCAGUAAAGGAGAACAAUUGGAGGACCUCUGUCUUUGAUCUCACAUUUUGAAUGUUUGCACCAAAUACUCAACUGGCUGGCUUUUUUUAAUGCUUGCUGAAAAGGGAUUGUUUUAAGUGUAAUUUGUUACUUGGGUCAUAUGUUCUUUGAAUUCAGUUAAAAGGCUUGAGCUUGUCCACCGAGUGGGCUUAAGCAGUUCUACGUGAGGUGUGUGCAAAGUCGAUUUUGUGCUUGUCAUGUGAUUCUCUUUAAAGAUGAUAUGUUGUGGAACCAAGACAAAUAGAACACACUUCUUGGCUGCUCCCCAGGGUGAAAUAUUUAAUUCUACAGAUUUAAUUUUAAUUUUACUGUUUUAUAUAGAGAAUAUACUGUUUUUAGCAUCAUGUCUUGACAGGCUUGAGCUGCCUUGUAUAGUUUCUGCUGGUGAUCAUGAUCAUAGCUUAUAUUUUAUGGAGCCAAAUGAUUGUUUACAUGUUACGUAAUUUUAAAGUGCAUUUAUUUUAUUACAACUUACUUUUGAAGUAAGCAUGUUUAGAUUAAUUACUUAUGUAUUUAAAAGGCUUCAGGGGCUGUGUGAGGCUCCACUGACCUGUCAUGCUGAAAGAAUGCAAAUAUAACAUCGCUAAACUUUCUUGUUUAACUUGAUUCUAAUAAAGACCUCAAUUCAGUUGCACAAAUAUCUUAGUGUAAACACAUGGCAAAUAAAUGUAAGAUUUCAUA